CACAGCUGAAACGGAAGUUCAGGACGCUGUGCUGCAUUCUGAUUGGACGGCCGCCUCGACGCAGUGUGGCGCCCGCUCGGUUAGAUUGAUCCAUGCUAACAGAUUUCCUUUGUUGUGAUUAACCGUUACGCGGUUGUGAUUCCGCUGUAAUAACUUAUAUUAAGUAAAGUCGCCGUUGAGAUAAUCUAAACGAUGAGUGGCGGAGUGUACGGAGGCGAUGAGGUGGGAGCUUUGGUGUUCGACAUUGGCUCAUACACUGUAAGAGCUGGCUACGCAGGAGAAGACUGUCCCAAGGCGGACUUCCCCACGGUGAUAGGCGUGACUCUUGACCGAGAGGAUGGCAGCACGCCCAUGGAGACGGAUGGAGAAAAGAGCAAGCAGAGUGGCACCACCUACUAUAUUGAUACAAACCAGCUGAGGGUACCCAGGGAGAGCAUGGAGGUCAUGUCUCCGCUCAAGAAUGGCAUGAUUGAGGACUGGGACAGUUUCCAGGCCAUUUUGGAUCACACCUACAAGAUGCACUUCAAGUCUGAACCCAGUCUGCAUCCGGUGCUCAUGUCAGAAGCCUCAUGGAACACACGAGCGAAACGAGAGAAGCUAACAGAGCUGAUGUUUGAACAUUACAACAUUCCUGCCUUCUUCCUCUGCAAAUCUGCUGUGCUGUCUGCCUUUGCCAAUGGGCGGUCUACAGGCUUGGUCCUAGACAGCGGAGCCACACACACCACAGCUAUUCCAGUGCAUGAUGGCUACGUCCUGCAGCAAGGCAUCGUCAAAUCACCCCUGGCUGGAGACUUCAUGAGCAUGCAGUGUCGGGAGCUAUUUCAAGAGUUAAAUGUUGAAAUAAUCCCCCCUUACAUGAUUGCAUCUAAGGAUGGCGUGCGAGAGGGAUCACCAGCCAGCUGGAAGAAAAAAGAGAAACUACCUCAAGUUACCCGAUCAUGGCACAACUACAUGUGUAACUGUGUGAUCCAGGACUUCCAGGCAUCUGUGCUGCAGGUGUCAGACUCGCCAUAUGAUGAACAGGUUGCUGCCCAGAUGCCCACAGUGCACUAUGAGCUCCCCAACGGCUACAACUGUGACUUUGGAGCUGAGAGGCUCAAGAUACCAGAGGGGCUGUUCGACCCGUCUAAUGCCAAGGGCCUGUCUGGAAACACCAUGCUGGGAGUCGGCCACGUGGUGACGACCAGCGUGGGAAUGUGUGACAUCGACAUCCGGCCGGGUCUAUACGGCAGUGUGGUGGUGACCGGAGGAAACACGCUCAUUCAGGGCUUCACAGAUCGACUGAACAGAGAACUGUCUCAGAAAACCCCCCCGAGUAUGAGACUGAAGCUGAUCGCCAACAACACUACAGUGGAGCGCCGGUUCAGUGCCUGGAUAGGAGGCUCCAUCCUGGCAUCACUCGGAACCUUCCAGCAGAUGUGGAUCUCCAAACAGGAGUACGAAGAGGGAGGAAAGCAGUGUGUAGACAGGAAGUGCCCUUGAUUUGAUGCCCACCCUCUCAUUACUUUUUUGCCACAAGCUGAACAUCAUGAGUCGUUCACCUCUGACCCUGGACUCAGGAACACCCACGGAUGAUUGCUAAUGUUUUGUAUGACUUGUUUUAAAAAAAGAGAAUUGAGUUUGUCCACACACCGCCUGUCUCGGAUUUUAUUGUGAAAAUCAGGCAAACAUCUACAAAGCAAAUUGUCACCAGGAUGAAAUGGGGUUUAAGUUCCUUUGUGUAUGUCAUUGCAGUCAGUCUGUUGCCUUAUUUUUUAGAUUGUUGGGAGUUUUGUGGAAACCUUGCAUCUUUAAAAAGUUUCUGGAACUGAAAAUGUUGGAUCUUGAACCUACUGUCUCAAUUUAGACAGUGGGAUGAUGAAAAGUGUGUAGGACCUAAAUCAAGUUUUUUUUUAUCAAUAUGGAUAAACAUGAGAAACAUUUUCCGUGCAAGGUUUCUGCAGAAUAUUGACAAGGUAAAUUUGGGUGAUGUGUAUUUGGAGGAACAACCCCACGGUUUGAGGUGCAAAAUAUCUUCUGUUCAUGAGCCUUUUAUUUUUUGUGUAGUAAGUUAACUCAUCAGAAGCAAAGGCCAGUCAGCUCCUGCCUCUGCUUAUUGUCAACUCAAAUAAAUCUGUAUUUAAUUUUCACUUUGCUUGUCAUUGGCUACAUAUGGUCUUGGUUAAUAAAAUCUGUUUUUGUUAAA